CGUCUCACCUCCCUUUGAGUGGUACGCAGCUCAAUGCAAAGUGUUCAAAACAAGGAAGUAGCGAGCGGCGUGUAAUGGAGGAGGCAGGGAAGGGGUGGUACGGCGGCCCAGUCCUGGUCUAGGGGGAACCGCGGGGGCUGCGGCAAAGAUUAUUUGGCGCAACAUUACCGCUUGCUUCAGGGGCGCACAUGGACGAGAGCAAAGUAAGUGAACGGUGCUUGGAGCAACAAAAAGGCUUUAUCGCUCAGGUGGCUGGAGGCAAAGUGAAGAAGCCAGGGAAACGGGGCCGUAAACCAGCGAAGAUAGAUUUGAAAGCCAAACUUGAGAGGAGCCGGCAGAGUGCCAGGGAAUGUAGGGCCAGGAAGAAGUUACGGUACCAAUAUCUGGAAGAACUGGUUUCAAGCAGAGAGAGAGCAAUCUGUGCUCUUAGAGAAGAGUUGGAAAUGUAUAAACAGUGGUGCAUGGCAAUGGACCAAGGAAAAAUCCCCUCUGAAAUUAAAGCCCUGCUUAGUGGAGAAGAACAAAGCAAGCCCCAGCAGAACACAGCCAAGGUUACCAAAGUUGUGAAGGCUGAUGCAAACACUCACAGUUCCUGGUGAAAGUCCAUCAGCUAAGAGUGAAGUCUUUUUCAUAGACAAGUUGGAAGAUUUUUAAAAUGUCAUUUGUGAUCUUUAAUGUAAGCCUUCACCUCUCUACUGCAUUGUUAAUGAAUAUGCUGCAAAGAAUUUGAUUGUCAAGAUGAAGUGUUAAAAGAACUUGAUGGUAAAUUGGCAGGAUUAAAUCUGCAAAGUUUUAACCCAAAUUGUUUUAUAUAUCAUAACUUAUGUGUAUUUUGAAAUUUUGCUGUAACAAGGAAAAAGCAUCUAGACUUGCAUUGUAAUUGCUUUUACGGGCUAUGGUUUGUGUUUUGAUUUCUUGUUCAAUCAUAGUAUUUUAUGGACUGUGCAGUCAAGUCUGAGAUUAUAUCAGUGCUGAAUAUUGCUUUUAUGCUUACGAUACAUUGUUCUGGUGCAUGUUCUGAUGUUAAUUGCCAUAUCCCAUCCUAUAUUGACUCGUGUAAUUGCCAUUGCUUUCCACAUUUUUUCUUUUGAGCUAAUAGAUGACUUUUUAAUCCAAAAGUGCUCAGAUCACACAUCUUAGUCCAUUGAGCUUAGUCAGGGGUGCUAGGGAAGCCCGUGCCAUCCCACCAGCCAUUCAGGAUGUUAAUACUGGCAUUCUCUUACAAAGUUGUCCCAUGAAAGCCUGCAGUUGUAUGUGCGAGAUGCCUUGAGUCACAAAAGCAAGCAGUUGUUGGUGUGCUCCCAUGUGAAACACCUGGAAACAGACACAUAGCUAGAAAUGGGGGUAGAGUUCUUCCUCCCAAAGGUGCUGGAAUAUCUGUGGGUGUAUGGAGAAAGACUAUGCAUGUGGUUAUGUGUGUAAGCCAGGGAUGGGCAUCUCUGCUCUGAAUGUUAUUGGACUUUGAUUCCCAUAUCACUUGUGAUUUGUGGAGACUGAUUGGAAUUGAAUCUAACAAUACUUGAAGGGUCCCAGUUCCCCAGCCCUCAUGUAACAAAAGAAACUGUUCAAUAACUGCGUUUCCUUCCUACUGUCUGAAAUGUUGCAUUCCACUCAGUUUACGAUAUAUAUAGAUCAGACCCUUACUGAUUUCCCAAACUUGAUAGCGAGAGAACUAACUGUGUGUUCAUUCUUUCUUGCCUCCCUGCACACAGUGGGUCAAAAUUAGAGGAACUCGAAAAUGACUGUCUUUCUCGAAUUCAGCUUGCAGAACAACAUGUGGAUGUUCUCCUUAUAAUUUCAUGACAGCCCAAUUUUGUGUGAUUGUUCAUGGUACAGUUUUCUGGGAUUCUCAUAUAGCCGUUAGCUAUGGUGCAAACUAUACCAAUGAUCUGGAUACAGCCUUCCUCUUUUCGUGUGAAGUCACUAUCCACAUAACUAGCUGAUUGUCUGACUGCCUUGCAUUGUCAGCAUAACUAGCACUUCUGCAUGAAACUGAAAGGUACAAGAAGAGGGAUGCACCCAGUACAGUGGCUUAAAAUAUGUCUUGAGAAGUUCAGCCCUCAUACAGAGGGGAAUUAUUGGCAAGUCAUGUCACAAUCACCUGCUAGCUGUGGUAAUGCUAGGUUCCUAUUAUGCAGGUUAGUUGGCUUUCAAUUAAUUUGAUUAUCUGCAUACAUUGUCUUUCAUUGCUAUAAUUCAAGAGUUUAUCAUCUUAUAAUGAGCCGGUGCACUUAAGCAUAAUGAAAUAACUCUUUGACAAUAAAUUGCUAGGGUGGUUUUUUAGGAAUAGACAACUUUUGUUUUCCUUUGCUAAAAUUUUUAUAGUUAUGUCUAUAUAGAAAUUGCUUAUAAAUGUCAUUCAUUCAAAGCCCAGUAGAGUUCAUCUUGCUUGCUGACAUCUGGAGAAACAGUAUAUAGACUUGGUUUCUUCAGUACUCCUAAUGCUGACUUCGCUCUUGCUAAACUGAGCACAUUUGCCAUUUGCUCAAGGAGGGAUGGGGUGCAUUUAGGAAGCAUGAAUGGAUGUGGGUAGGAGGUUCACUCCAUGUAGGAGUCUUGAAGUCUUGUGGAGCCUUUGUAUAGCCUGCUUGUAACAGUGUUUCAGCAGAAGAAAAUCUUAAUUUCUCACAACUCUUUUUAUCACAUGUGAUUGCUCCUGGGGAAAAUACAUUAUUGCAAGCCUCUGAUCUGUUCUUAUUGUUUGAUCUUAAAGUGGAUGAAAUGUCAA